CUCUUUAGCUUAAAUCUCACACUAACCCACCAAAACAAAAUCCAAAAAAUAAGCCAAUUUUCAAUUUUUUUUAACUAUGGCUUCAAAUCCCAAGGUUUUCUUCGACAUGACGAUCGGAGGUCAACCGGCCGGCCGGAUCGUGAUGGAGCUUUUCGCAGACGUCACUCCUCGUACCGCCGAGAACUUCCGGGCACUCUGUACCGGCGAGAAAGGCGUCGGUCGUUCCGGUAAACCACUCCACUACAAAGGCUCUAAGUUCCACCGCGUGAUCCCUGAUUUCAUGUGCCAAGGAGGUGAUUUCACAGCCGGAAACGGAACCGGAGGUGAAUCGAUAUACGGGUCUAAGUUCGCCGACGAGAACUUCAUCAAGAAGCACACCGGACCCGGCAUACUAUCCAUGGCGAACGCCGGUCCCGGAACGAAUGGAUCUCAGUUCUUUAUUUGUACCGCUAAGACCGAGUGGCUCGAUGGGAUGCAUGUGGUGUUUGGUCAAGUUGUUGAAGGUAUGGAUGUGGUUAAAGCCAUUGAAAAAGUUGGGUCUAGCAGUGGAAGGACUGCUAAGCCUGUCGUUAUUGCAGAUUGUGGACAGCUUUGUUAAGAACAAGAACAAGAACAAGAAAUGGAAUAAUGUUGACUCUGGUCUAUGAAUGGUGAUUCAUGUCUGAAAUUUAUCAUUUUUAUGUGUUUUCUUUUGCUGGUUGCUGGAUUUGGCUUAGGUUGUUCUCUAAGAACAUGACUGCCAUAAAUAAUGUGCGCUAUUUAUCAUCUUAUUUGACCAUAUAAUUGAGUUAUUACA